AUGGUGGAGGGGUGGCAGCCUGUGAGUCAAUAUGGAUUCUGUUCUCCCUGCAGGAACUUUGCCCGUGGAGCCUGCAGAUGGGGUCAGAAUUGCCGUUUCUCACACGACCGGAAGUCAGCCCAGAUCUGCAGGUAUUUCCAGAAUGGGUUCUGCGGCUACGGAGACCGCUGCAGCUACCAGCACAUCCAAGACCCUCCAGCCCCUGCUUGGAGCAGAUGCGGCUCACAGCCUGCCUUAUCGCUGAGCCGUCGGGGCUCGGAGCCAGCCGUCCGGCCAGAAGCAGCAGCUGGGAGCUGGGGAGGAGCCAGGCGUGGCUCGGAGCCCUCUGUCCCUAGUGUGACACAGCUGCAACUGAACUUCAGGCAGCUGAGCACAGAGUUUGAGGAGGAAGAGGAAGAUAAAGAGACGGUCCCCACGUAUCCCCCAAACGGGGCCGUCAGCAGAGAGUUUGUCCCCAGGCAGGCCCCGCGUGGAUCAGCCUGGCAGGGGUCUGCAGAACGCCGGCUCUUCCCAUGCCCAGAGCUGAGCUGGCUACUCAGCCAGGAUGAGGCAGCACAGCUCUGUGGAAGGAAGGGGGCUCUGUCUCCAAGUGCUAGCCGGCUAUAUUGCUCCGUGCAGGCAGCUGGUGGGCUGGGCGCAGUUGCUGCUUCGGUGGGGGAGCUGCGGAGCGAGGACGUGGUGUGCGGCAUCUGUAUGGACAAGGUCUACGAGAAGACCUUACCCGAGGAGCGCGUGUUUGGCAUCCUCCCCAACUGCAGCCACGCCUACUGCGUCGGCUGCAUCCGCAAGUGGCGCAAGAGCCGGGAGUUCCAGAACGCGGUGAUCAAGGCCUGCCCCGAGUGCCGGGUCACGUCCAGCUACUUCAUCCCCCACAAAUACUGGGUCUCCGACAGGGACGAAAAGGAGAAGCUGAUAGAAACCUUCAAGGCGCGGACAGGGAAAAUAAAAUGCAAGUUCUUUGCCCGUGGCCGUGGCCGCUGUCCCUUUAAAUCGGAGUGCAUCUACCUUCAUGAGCUCCCGGCCAGGGUGCGGCCCCCUCGACAGAGACCUCCAUGCAGGACAGGCCCGGUGGCAUUCAAUCCCUCUCCCUCUGAGAGCUCCGAGGAGGAGGACGAUGAUGUGUGCUUGUUCCAAUGGGCUCUCACCUUUGCGCUGCUGCGGGGGGACAUCGAUGAUCCAGACUACUGCCAUGAGAUUUUCCUCUUGGAUUCCAGUGACUCAGACUAG